AUGAGUGGGCCGGCUCCCUGCCGUCCCUUACUGUCAACAUGUGCCAGUUUGGCCAUAUGCACCGCUCGCCUGUCAUUGGCCACUCGUCAUCCGGAAGCAUUCCGUCAUUUGGCUAUUCCAUGUCAGCAUGUGCAUGUGUCCACUGCCACAACCACCAAUCGUGUGCCUCCAGAGGCUGUUGCUGCCUUUUAUGAUGCUGUGGGGACUGCCAUUCUCGGGUUCUUGCGGUUCCCGCCCCUCGCUCCCGGCCCCACUCCCUUGCAUUUGGCACAGGUGGCUGCCGGCUUGCAGCCCCGACGUUCGCACCUUUGCCUGGUGCCUGAGUUUAAGUGCAUUGCCAAUGUUCGCCUCCCGGAGCUGCCCCCUCUUCAGGACGGCAAACUGAAGCACGAGCUGGUCGUGGGUGACGUGUGCGAUGUUUUCUCGCAUGAAGCUGAGCUGGCUGCCAGCCGUUUGGGCGAUGUGCCCACACGGGAGGAGCUCUUGAGCAUAUUUGCUUUGCAUGAUGCUGACCCUUCUAAACGCAUGGCCGGGAUUCGCGCGAGCGAAAAAUCUUGGUCAUCAGGUGCUUAUGCCAUGGGAGGCUGUGUCGGCGUCCGAAAGAAUGCUUCCAUGUUCCCUGUGUUCACCCGAGCACUGGUCCGGUUCCUCAGGCAUCAGAUCCCCGAUGCCAGGUUUUCAUGCGUUGCUAUCUUUUGCGAUAUGUUACAGGGCAUGCACAAAGAUAUGUGCAAUCAAGAGGGUACACUCAACUAUGGGGUUGCACUUUCGGACUUUUCGGAAGGGUUUGUGUGGGCUCACGACCCGGCGGGCAAAGUUCACAAGCACACGCCAUCAGGUAAGCUGCCGGGGGUGUUGCACGACAUUGCAAAAGCCCCGGUGCGCUUUGAUGCGAGAAAGUUUCAUUGCGUCAUGCCGUGGCAUGGACAAAGAGUCGUGGUGAUUGGCUACACACCGCAAAGAGGUUGUGCCCUCAGUGCCAAAGAGGUUCGUUAUCUGCUUAGCUUAGGCUUUCCGUUGCCGUGGGUCGACACGCCGUCUCCUACUGUGCCUCCAGUCCACGAUGCACCUGUCGAGCAACGCUUGGAAAAUGUCGCCGACUCUGGUCCCGUGCACUCUAAGCUACCUUGUGCUUCUGCGGCUGCAUGCGAUACCCACUUGUACACCUUCGGUGUUUACCACUCUGAAGCCGAGUUCGUCCGCAAGGCCGUGCAGGUGGGGCAUCCGAGGAGCCUCUAUGGUAGCUUGCCCCAAGCCAUGGAGGAGUGUAUCGAUGCGUUGCUUGUCAUGCCUGAGGCUUCAGUUGUCACUAAGCGUGCGGCAUGGCUUGCGCAUUGGACGGCUCGUGCCAAGGCCAUCCAGGAGAACCCCGAUCCUGAUUGGCACAUCCAAGAUCCUGCAAUGCGCGCUAUCCUUGGACGAAAGAGGCUGCAGCUGCUUGAUGAGAUCCUUUUAUCGGAGGGUUACGGCGAUUGCACACUAGCUAGGGACAUGCACCAUGGUUUUGACUUAGUGGGAGUGGCGCCGCCUUCUGGUGUGCUGCCUGGCAAGGUCACCCCUGCUUCUCUUGAGCCUGAGGCCCUUAGCGCCAAUGCGUGUCGUGCCAAUGAUGCCUUGCGUGCAAGUUUGCGUUCUUGUGGCGAUCUGGAGCUCGAUGAGAAGCUUUGGGAGAAGACCCUGCUGGAGGUCGAACAAGGAUGGUUGCAGGGACCGCUCGAGUGGUCUGACUUAGGCCCGGGGGAGAUAGCAUCACCCCGCUUUCCUUUGUUGCAGAAUGGCAAAGUGCGCCCGAUCGACGACUACUCUCGAUCUGGUGUCAAUAGUUGCGUAACCACACUUGAGCAGCCAACCGUGGACACUGCCGACGUGGCAGCCGCCAUGUUCAGCAAACUCUCGAACGGCUUGUUGCGCAAGGGGAGGUCUGGUGCUCUCCUAGGUAGGUCUUACGACUUGACAUCCGCAUAUCGACAGCUAUGUGUGUCGAGGGAGUCGUCACGCUUUGCCAUAGUGGCAGUGUUCUGCCCAAAGGAUGGGAAAUCAUACCUAUUUCGCCAGCCUUGCCUACCAUUUGGGUCGCGUGCAUCAGUCAAUGGUUUCAUUAGGUGCUCGAGGUGCAUCCAGUGGAUCGCACUCCGGUGCUUGCUUGUGCCGCUGACGUCCUAUUACGACGACUUCAUAUCUGCGUCAACAUGCACUCUUGCUGCCAACACCGACACGACCAUGGCGAUGCUGUUUCGCCUAUUGGGCUGGCAGUAUGAUGAGGUCGGCCCAAAGGCUGACGUUUUUAGUGACCGGGUUGAAGCCCUCGGAGUGGCCUUUGAUCUUUCCGAGACAUGUUCCGGUGUGGUCAUCGUGGACAACACCCUCAGAAGGAAAGAUGCUCUAGACAGCCUAGUUAGCGAAGCACUUGCAAGGGGGACCCUCAAUCAUUCUCAAUCGCUCGAGAUGCGCGGCAAGCUGGCCUUCGCUGAUGCACAGGUCCUCGGUCACUCGGGGAAAUUUGCUCUGAAGUUGCUGUCUGCGCAUACCCAUGCGAUUCCUUUCAAGACGCGCAUUGCUGAUGACUUGAGCCGUGCUCUGAAGUACUUGAGACAAAGAAUCGUUGAGGGCUCUCCCCGGCGUGUGUUACCAACUGCCAAGGACACGUGGUUCCUUUUUACCGAUGCAUGUUUCCACGACGCUGGUGAUGGUGGUUUAGGCGGGGUGCUGGUGUCUUCCCUAGGUUCGGUGAAGUCGUGGUAUUGCCUUCCUUUGUCAGCCGAUGACAUCCAGCCUCUCAUUUCCCACACAGCCCGCACCGGGAUUGGCGAACUCGAGACAAUGGCGACCUUACUUGGCAUCCAGCUAUGGAGGGGCCAUCUACGGAGCACCAACGUGGUAGCUUUCAAUGACAACGAAGGUGCCAAGUUCGCCUUGGUCAAGGGUUACUCCAAAUCCAUGUCAGUCACCAGGAUUUGCCACGUGUGUGCGACUGUUUGUGAGACCGACAUGAUCAUGCCUUGGUUCUGUCGUGUUCCCUCAGCAUCCAACAUUGCCGAUCCGCCUUCACGCAGUAUGUCCUGCGAUGCCUUACCCGAAACCUUCAAGCUGCCCUGCGAUCAGGUGCGGCGCGCGUACCUUAGCUUGAGGGGUCGAGUCUGCAGUAUGCUCUCGUAG